AUGGUGGAUUUUGAUCAUCUCCGGGAACAUGAGUUUAAUUUGAAAUCAAACAUGCUGAUUCAAGGUUGGGAGGUCUUCUUUGAUCGUCUCAUUGGGCCAGUCUACCCAGAUUUGGUGAAGGAAUUCUGGAUUCACGCAACUCUUACACCUAGAGAAAUCAUCUAUUUAGUUCUAGGUCAAGAAGUCUCCAUUACUGAAAACCUUAUAAGGAAGUUACUCAAUCUUGAAGGUUUGAGUGGUGCUACAGGAGCAGUUGCUGGUAGAACUGACUGGGAUGCAGUUUACUCUGAAGUGUUUACAACAGGGCAAGGUUCAAACAACACUAAGGAUCUGAAGGCCCCCUACAGAAUCUGGGAUAAGAUUCUUCUGGGGUGUAUUCAUCACAGAAAGGCUACAGUUUCUCCCACCUACAUCAACCAGGAUCAACAGUACCUUCUGUACUGCAUAGGCAAGGGCCAGAGGAUUGAUCUACCUUAUCUUCUGUUCAUGUAUAUGCGGAAUCAUGUGAAGGAUUCUCGAGAACAAGUAAAGUUGAAAAAUCAGAAGAUCAAGAGGAACAUCAUCCCUCUGGGAAGGCUCAUCUCAGAUAUUCUGACAGAAUCUGCGUUGAUAGAUUCUCUGAGAGAAGCUGGAGCAGUUCAGGAUCUGGCAGCUACGUGUGGGAGUACUCUGACUGCUCACACUCUGAAGAAGAUGAAGUUGAUUACCAGUGUUACCUCUCAGCCCAGAGUGGUAAAUGAAAUUAUGAAUAGAAGAAUUCCUGUUGAUGACUUCCAGAUGCUUUUCAAGGAAGAGCAUCCUAAAUUCAUUCUCUAUUAUCUGGAGUCUUGCUUGAAGGAUGAUACAGAGUUUGAUCCAGCAUGGUUGCAUAGCAGAAAUCUUCCUUCUCUGGAUGUUCAGAAAGCUCAUAAGAAGAGAAAGACAAUAGGAGAAGGUCCUUCCACAAAGACUAAGAAGAAGAAGAAAACUUCAGAGUAA